CUUGGCUGUGAGUGAGGCUGAUGAGCUUUGAGCUACAGCGAGGUGGUACUUCCUAAAGGGAAGCAGCCUAAUGAAAUAAUAGCAGUUAAAUUCUGGGAUGCAACCUGCAUGGAUUUUUAGGAGGAGGGGUAAAAAAAGGAGAAAAAAAAGGCUUUGCCACUGUGAAAUUCUGUUGCUAAUCUGAUUUCCACGUGGCUGCCUCCCGUUGCAUCAGUCAGCCCGUUUUGGUGCAGUGCUGAUCCGGGUUCCCAAAGUGCUGGAGAUAAAUGCAGCGUGGGAAUAAUCACUCAACUUCAUCUUCCUGCUCUCUCUUAGCACGUAUCCCUGGCAUUGACAGCUCUGCAGAUCCUCCUGUCUGCACGACACAUGCGUGUGCAUCAUCCCCGGGGAUGAGGAGCCGCAGCCUCAGCCUUGGAGACACGGAAUGUUGCUGGCAAACGUGGGAUUCCAGGCGGUUCUGAGGCAGAGCUGAUCCCCUUUGGAUCAGCUGGCACGCCAUGGGAUGAGUCUGGAAGCACAGCCUUGAGUUUCUUAGAGUACUGAGCAAUUAAUUUGGGCAAGCAGGGAGUUGUACGUGCGCACUCACUGCUAUGGACAGUGCUAUCACCCUGUGGCAGUUCCUCCUCCAGCUCCUCCAAGAGCCUCAGAACAAGAACAUCAUCUGUUGGACCUCCAACGACGGGGAGUUCAAGCUGCUGCAGGCAGAGGAGGUGGCCAGGCUGUGGGGGAUCCGCAAGAACAAGCCCAGCAUGAACUAUGAUAAACUCAGCCGAGCGCUCAGAUACUACUACGUGAAGAAUAUCAUUAAGAAAGUGAACGGUAAGAAGUUUGUGUACAAGUUCGUCUCGUACCCCGAGAUUUUAAAUAUGGACCCGCUUGUCGUGGGCCGGAUAGAAGGAGACCCUGAACUGACUGGCUUUGGGGAGGUCAACAGCGCUCCAAAGGACGUGGAAAACUGUGGGAAGGAGAAGUCCCAGUCGUGUGCGAAGUCCUCGAGCCGCAACGACUACAUCCACUCAGGCCUGUACUCCUCCUUCACCCUCAACUCCCUCAACAGCUCCAGCGUCAAACUCUUCAGGUCCAUCAAGAUCGAGAACCCGGCGGAGAAGCUGACGGAGAAGAAGCCUCAGGAGCCGACCCCCUCCGUCAUCAAGUUUGUCACCAUGCCCUCCAAAAAGCCGCCCUCGGCCCCCCUGGUCUCCACCACCUCCGCCGCUCCCGCCGCGGCCUCCUCCCUUCCCAUGGGAUCCGAGGAGACCCUGCAGACCUUGGAGACGCUCGUCCUGCCCAAGUUAACUGUCCCCGAAGCUCCAGCACCUUUGCCAAACUUAACCACCACCAGCUUCACCCCGACCCCCCCCAUGUCCUCGGUGUCUCCCACCCUCCAGGUCCCUUCCACGCCCCCGUCGCCGCCCCUGAGCUCCAACCCCGACCUGGACAUUGACACGGAUAUCGAGUCCGUGGCCUCCCAGCAGCUGGAGCAGGCCCAGAGCCUUCAGCACCAAUCCCCAGAGCCCAAAGAGCAGGAUUCAUCCGUGCUGGAGAAGGAAUUUGCCAAUCACCUCUCCAGAUCUAAGAAACCCAAAGGGCUGGAGUUGGCUCCUACUCUCGUCAUUACAGGCAGCGAUCCAAGUCCUCUGGGGAUCCUGAGUCCUUCUCUCCCGACUGCUUCUCUUACUCCAGCACUUUUCUCUCAGACUCCCAUCCUGCUGACUCCCAGCCCUUUGCUCUCCAGCAUCCACUUCUGGAGUACCCUGAGCCCGGUGGCUCCUCUCAGUCCUGCCAGGUUGCAAGGUGCUAAUACCCUCUUUCAGUUUCCAUCAGUGCUGAACAGUCAUGGCCCAUUUACUCUGUCUGGACUGGAUGGACCCUCUACCCCUGGCCCGUUUUCCCCUGAUCUCCAGAAGACAUAGCACAUGGAACUCAUGGAAAAGGACACAUUGGCAAGCAAGGGAAAGAUGGGACACUUCUAUUUAACCACGUUUUUUAAAAAUGAGCAAUUUAUAAUUCCACACAGAGAUUCUCAACAAUCGUAGUUUUCGCCAUUCCCAAGUAAAAAAAAUGCCUUUUUUUUGCAAAAUUCCCUUUUUUUCUGAAGAACCCAGGUUGGGAAUGUAUAUGCAAAGGCCUUAAUAGGAGCUGCAGCUCCAGUUUUCUUCUCUUCCCUCCUUGGUUUGGAAGAUUUCACGUGGUCAAAAAGGGACUUUUUGGUCGGUGUUGCAGCAACUGAGUCUGCACUGAUUGCAGUGAACAGUGUCAGGGAAGUCUUUUCUCUGUGACUUUUGGGGAAAAAAAAAACAAAACAAACCCUCUGUUCUUCUGCUUCCUGUGCUUGGCAAGAAGAUCUGUGAUCAGGAUGGAAGCUGGCAUUCCAGGAAAUGCUUGGGAAAGGGGUGUGUGCACUCCAGCUUUGCCUGGGGGGGCCACGGUGACUUCUGCAGCAACAAAAGCAGCCUGGUCUGUUCUGCUGUAAAAACAUCUUGUCUUUUUUGCAGGGAGAAAUUUUCAAGGACUAUUCAAUGAUGCUUCAUAUCCUGAGAUAUUGGACAAUUUGGGAAUUGUGGUGGUGGUGGUGUGUCCCACCAGCCCAGCCCCUGGGAGAAGUGGCCUGGCUGGAUCCUGGAUGCUUCCCUGCCCUCCCUUCGCUGGGGAGGUGAGGUCUGGAGAGAGAGAAAUGAGCGGUGGGACGAGUUCCUUUCAACCCUCAGAAAGUUUGAAUGCUGAAGUCCAAACAUUUCUUGUGCCAGAGACCCGUUCCAGAGCUUGUGAUCUCACUGCUGGAUGAGCAGGAUGGUGGAUUUUCCUUGGAAGUUUUGGGGGGUGGGGGUGCCUGUGCUGAGGUUGCUGCCUGGUGCUGGAGGUUCCACACCCAAACAGUGGUGAGAGCACAGAUGUCCCAGCAUUAACGUUACUGCUCUUUCCCACAGGUUUGGAAAAGUUUCCUGCUUUUCCACGAGUGGAGGAGCUCCUCUUCUACCAGCUCUUAGCUCGAGUUUUGCUUUAGAGCUGUUGUUUUUCUUGAGGAAGCACUGACCCAAGAUCAGGCUCAGUGUGUCCACCUGGCUGUAAAUCUGCUCUUGCAUUGCUUUUCUUGGUGGUGUGGAUGGAUUAAGAAUGAGAGAUUUAAUUUCCAGAGCCAUUCGAGACGAAACGAAAUUUGUAGUUAGAUUUUAUUUUUAUUUUUUUUUUACACCUCAGGAGGCCUUUUAAGAGAACUGAGGAGUGAAAGGAGGGAGAUUUGUCCUCUCUCAACCCCUCAGAGUUCUGGAUGUCUUGAUCUGUGGGUGCUGGGCCCUGUGUCCUCCUUCCACUUGGGGCAUCUGAUGUCAGGCAGCAACUUCUGUUUUGCUACUGCGUGCGUUGAGAUGGGGAUGGAAGGGAAUCUUUUCCCAUAAAACACCCAGUAGAAAACAGAUGGGAACAUCUCUCUCCUUCAGCAUCCUCACUGGCUGCCUGCAGAGUUUUCAGGAGCAGAAGAUUUCGCAGCAAGAGGAGCUGACAGUGUUUGCUGUACAUAUUGCACCCGUUCCAUGGAGAAGUUUGGUGAACUCAAAGCUUUCCAGAGUUUUUUCCCCUUUUGCCACUUUUGCAGGCUUGGAAUUCACUUUCCAAGGGUGUGACAGCACCCGAGACUUCUCUUCCUUGGUGAUGUUACCUUCCUGUAUUCUGACAUUGAAACGUGUAAAAACCACUUUGUGUGUUCCUGACGUGACACCUGGGACAGGUGGGUGGAACAGUUGAUUUUUUUUGGGGGGGGGAUGGAGGGCAUUGUUCAUCCAGAACAGUGGGAAUGGGAGAAAAAAGUAUUCCUUCUUCAGGUGGAGAAGAAGCAGGGAGUGAGCUCAUGGAGUGACCUGUCUUCCUGUUGGGUUCUGUCAGAGGCAUAAAUGCUUCACAUUUAGACAUCAGCAGAUGCAGGAUGAAGUUCCUGUGCCAGCAGCUCUUAAAAUGUGCAAUAUUGACCUUUUUUUUUUGUUUUUUUUAUUAUUGUUAUUUUUUUAAUGCAGAAGCAAAGCUGCAGAUGAUAAUUGAGAGCAGGCAUCUGGAAUUUUCUGGUUUGCAUGGUGGCUUUUGAGUCUGCUCUAGAAAAAUAUAUAUAGCUAUGUAUAAAUAGCAGCACUUUUUUUAAUGGUUGCUUUAGGUUGGCCAAUUUUACGCCCACCAAGUGUGUGGACUUUUGAGAGCAACAUUGCAGACUAGGAUUAGAGUUUAAAAGUACUUAAUGAGCACUAAAAACCCCUUGCAAUUUAAUUGCUUCCCUUUCCUUGUCCCCCUAUGGAGAAAAGCCAAGUUUAUUUGUUUAAAAAAGUUGUGUGUGUGCACACAUGCACUUAAUUCUCUGUGAACUUUUAUCACUUUGAGCAGAGGUAUGCAAGAGAACCCAGCCUGGGUUCCUGCUCUUCUCCAAGAAGCUUCCUAAGAUUGCACUGCCAGAGCUGGGGGAGAGCCACGUUUCCCUUUGGGAAUCCCUUGUGCAGAGGAAACUCGGGUGGAAAUGCAGCCUGGAUGGGAUGGUUUUUAUUUGGGAAUAUCCACUGAGGUGGUGGUUGCUUUUCCUUUCCAAGGGAAAAUCAAAAUCCACGUAAGGAUCACAAUCUUAGGAGGCAGUUGGGAAAGCACAGUUGGGAAGGGGGAGAGGAGCAGCUUGCUGCCUUUUCUCCAUUCCAGCUUUCAGGUCACUUAAAGGGAAUAUUAUCUUGUAUAUAUGCUGCCUGAUUAAACACACAUUUACUGACAGGUGUGGAACUGCCAGCUUUUUUUUUUGGAUCACAUCCCUGAGGGAGCACAGCGUCCUGUGACUCCUUGGGGCUCAGGGAUGUGAUUGCUGGUUCUCUGCUAGGUCACUUCAGGAGCACUUUGCAGCUCCUUGCAACUUGUUUUUUAAUUUAGUGUAGGGCAGGUGGGGGUUAAUAGAGGUUCUCUUUUCCUGGCCACGGUGGCAGUUUGCACUGUGGUGGCUUAAAAAGGUGAUAAUUCAGCAUUACAGAAACCUUUUCUUAGCUGACAGUUGAUGCUGCUGGAGCAGCCAUGGGAUUGUGGAAUGCUUGGGAAUAUUUGCAUUGGUUAAUUGGUAGCUGGUGGUAGAAUUGGACUGGAUGAGCAUCUCGUCUUGCUUCUGGAAAUCUCUUUUCCAUGUCACUGCAGAGUUGGGAGUCUCGCACUGCUGGUGCUGAGAUCCCAGAUUCUCAGGAUGCCACUGGCAACACAGACAGUCCAUGGAAGCAGGAAUGUGUCCAUGAUCCCCUCCAGUCACAGAACCAUUCGUGUUCUGUCUCACCUGUGAAGGGAAUCCUGGGGAGGAGGUUUUUUUUGAACAGCAGCUCAAGUCCAGAGCCUUGUUUCAGAACCUGAGCUGUUCCAGCAGUGGCUGAAUGCAAUUCCUAUGCACUGUCUUUGGCACAUUCAAGCUGUUUUGCAAUAGGUCAGCAAGUGAUAAAAUUCCUCGAGUUUGGAAAUUCAGUGUUUUAACUUGGAGCAUCCUCAGACUUCAGUAUCCACACAGUCUUUGGUGUAGGGGAGUGUGUGUGAGAACAGAGAGGCUUCGCCUGUUCAGUGGUUUUGUUUAGGAUGAUUUCUCCCUCUGAUACAUUUUCAGACCUCAGAUUUCUCACCAAUAGAUUCUUCUUGUGUUUAUAGCGUUCCUUCUAAGGACAGUGAAGGCUGCUUAGGUGCAAAUCUCCCUUUUCCCAGCUUCCCACAACGCUGAGCUGCAGCAAGGUCAGGUUCCCUCGUGACUUCAGCUUCCACAUGAGAGCUCUGCAGGCUGAGGUGGGAGGACAGAGCUGUCCUAGAGCAGUGAUGGCUUUCUCAGGUGAGAGUUUUGAUCCACUUCUGUAGCGUUUUCCCAGUGCUGAGCUCAGAACCUGCAGUUCUGACACUCUCUUGUCUCCCAUGAUUUAUUCAUUUAGCUUUUAGUUACCUUUUGCUCCUGUUUUAUAGCAGUUUUGUAUGUACUCCUGGUUUAUGAUUUAACCUCUUCCAUUUUUAAGGCAUAUUUGUUUACAGUACAUCUCAGUGUUGUAUCAAGAGGCUCUCUUGGUAUUGUCAGCUCUGAAAAUCAACUACAGCAGUAGUUACAGAACGUUGUCAGAGUCGACGGGUGUGUUUUAAAACUCGAUGUUUGAGUUUUUGGGUGUCCACAACAGUUUUGUUCUGUUUCAUUUCUUAAUUCUCCAACGUGAGAAAUAGAAUGUGUAUCUGUAAGAGUAGAAAUAGGAGGAAAAAAAAAGAGACCUUCUGGCCUCUAAGGUCGUGGGGAUGGAUGGUUUAUUUUGUCUUAAAAAAAUCACAGAGCGCGGUGUCGCAAAGAGCCCCCCAGGAUGUCACAGUUGGCAGAUCAGUCCAAAAUCUGUGAGGAUUGCAAUCAUGGUGCUCAGGAGCUGUUCAGGAUGUUUGGUGAGGUAUAGGAUGUCUUGCCUAAACAGGGGAUUUUAUGGUUUGAUUGGAGUUUAAUGAAGCUGUUGGGUCUGGACAGCAGAUGUGCUUUGAGGGGAAGCCUUUGGCCGUGGCCAUCCAGGGAUGGUGGGAUGUGGGACGUGCUGGAGCUGCUCUGCUGAGAUCAGGGGCUGUGAAGGUUGAAGGAUAAAAUGCAGUGACAGUUCUGUGCAGUUCUCCAGGGGGUUCCUGCAGGAGGCUCUGUCUUGGAUCAGCCCCUGGGCACACAAAUUCCACCUGGAGUGAGUAGUGUGGAGGUAAGAGCUGGUCCUGGCCAGAGAGGAACUCUUGGAAAUGCAACCAAAUCUUUCUCCACAGCCUAAUUUUAGUCAUAAGGGUACAACAGAGGAGCUGCAAAGCUACAGGGAUGGUACAUCCCUGCAAAUCUGUUCAGCAGCAGCAGCUCCUUUGGAAGUUCCCUGAUGGACCUGGUGCCAUCUGGAGCAGAAAGGUGAAGCUUUGGGUUUAGUGUCUGCUGGAUCUUGACCUGAGGCACGUUAUUCCUGCCUUUUUACCCAGAACAAACAGAAAUAAGGAGGAUCUGUUCACUGCAGAAGGGGGAUUGGUUUUGGGCUGAGCCAGAACCAGGCUCUGCCAGGUAGGAAAGCUGGGCAGGGCCCGUGUUCCUUCUUGGAUGUGUGUGUUAAAGGAUUUCCCUUUUGGAAUAACAAGAUACUUGCUUCAUAAACAUUAUUUUUUGGGGAAAAAAAACACCCUAAAACUGACCAGAGUUGCUUUUUUGUUUACCCCUCCCAAAAAACAUAGUAGAAGGUUUUGCCUGUGGAGCUGUUCCAGCUCCCUGACGAGAAGCACACCCCGAGAGCUGAAAACCUGGGAGGUUUUUUUAGAUUCCUUGUGCCUGGAAUAGCCCUGCAUGGAGCACACGUGUCAUGCCUGACAGGAUGUGUCCAGGAUGGAGUCUGGCUUCCAAAUUUGUAUAAAUACCCCUUGCCCUGUUCACUCAAAGCAGCCACUGCACUGUGCAGUCGCCACUUUUAAACGUUUUGCACACCCUGGGGAGGUUUUUUGGGGGCUUUUACUUUUCUUUUAGUCAGUCAUGGACCCGUGAGUUGCCAAAGGGUAUUUUUAAAAGCAGCUUUGACACUGUUGGAUGCCACAUCUCCUAAAAAAAAAAAAGAAGAAAAAAAAAGUGUCUUAAAUUUGUCUUUGAAUAGUUUUGCGUUCACAGAACAAAAGUUUGGACUCCUUGACUCGAAACACUUCUUCUCUCUUGAGACCAGGCAUUGCAGAAGGUUUUCAUCUCAAAGUGGUUUUGGCAGGGGGUGGAACAGGGUAAUGCUGAACCUUUUGGAGAACAGGGACCUUCAUGGAGACACUGAGUGACCCGUGAGGGGGAGGCUGGAGGUGAUUUUGGAGCCCAUUUCAGCCCUUGAGCAGUACAUGCAGCAGUGCUGUACCAAUAACUGGAAGCUGUUGUUUUUUCUGGUUUUUUUUCUUUAUUUUUAUUUUAACUUUUUAUUUUUUGUUUUUUUUCAAUUGGGGGUUAUUUUUUCAUGGGUUUUUUUUUUUUUUGAACACAGGAAGGCUUUGAGGGUGGCCUCUGCAUGGUUCCUAAGUGUGUGCUGUGUGCUGGGGUGGGGGGGUUCCAAUACCUGGCUUUGCUCGAAGCUCCUUGAGAUGUGUUGUGGUUUGUUCUUUUCUUUUCCUUUUUUUUCUUUUUUUCCUGUUGUUGUUUUCUAUUUUUAUUUUUUUUUUGGCUGGCAUGUCUUAAACCUUCAGGCUUUGAAACUGCUUUCUAGAAUUGUGUUGACUUUUUGUUCUGCUGUUGUUCAGUUGCACAGAGUUUUCUAUAUAUGAUGUGCUAGUUUUGACGUUGAUUCUCUGUGAACAGGGUUGAGAUUUAUUCCUUGUAGUUUUAAAAAAGAAACCAAGUUGUAUCCUAAAAAACUCCCUUUUCAGAUCUUGUUUGUAUCCUGUUGCAGUGUUACCAGAUGGCCUUAUGUACGUCACAGUGUUUUGUGAUAAGUACAGUAGCACAUUUAAUGCUUAUUUCCCCUCUGUUUUUAUAGCUGAGAAGUGUAUUUGUGAUAACAGAGCCGAAUAAACGGGAAAAUUUCUAGGGAAGGGUGGUGGUUGUCUCCCCUAAUGGGUAUUGGGGCAGCUGGAAUUAAUCUGGGACUAAACCCUUCGACUGCCUUGGGAAUUCUGAGGCUCUUGGCAGACGUGGAUCGUGUGCCAGGGGCUUGGAAAUCAGAGCAGCUCCAUUGGCUCCACCACACCUGCUCCGACUUCCCCGGGCUGAGAACCUGCUCUGGGGGCAGCUUUUGGGCUGGGACAGUUCAGGGGAGGGAAGUUUGAAGUGUAAUUUUUAGCAACUUAAGCAAUGACCUGCUCGGCGGUGGGAACGUGGGCCAGUUUUGUCCUGUUUAUUUCUGCAGUUCUGUUCUGGGAAGCGACUUCCUGAUGCCUUCAGUGGGUUUUAUUCCGUGGUUGAAUUUAUUUUUUUUUUUAGGCUAAGCUGGGUUUUCUUGGGCUCCAGCAGCUCUGACAGCUCUGCUGGGAGCAGAUUUCCCUGUCAGGUGACUCCUGACUCUGCCAUGGAUCCAGUUUUACCUUCCUGUGAUUUUAACAGGGGUAAAAACGACACUGAGAACAUUUUCAGUUGCUCUUUCCUGAACAGAAUUGCAUUUUUUUUCUAUAAAUAUAUAUAUAUAGUACCAAGUCUAGAGACAAAGCAAGUUAUGUUGUAGUGAGUGUCUCAACUUCCUACACUGGAGACUUUUCUAGACAUGAUCUUUUAGAGACAACUGUAACCUCACCCCUCUGUGGUCCUUGUUACAGUUGGGUGAACCUGCCUGGGACAGAAAAGCUUCUCAGUCUAACUUUCUUUUUUUAAAUAAUACCUUAUAAUAAGAGUUAUCUUAAUGCCAUUGUGUUAAAAAAAAAAAUGCUGGUAUGUAAUGCAAG